AUGGCAAGCAUCGACUGGGACGAGCUAGCGAGGAAAGUUAGCGAGAUCAAGAGCAAUACUGUAAGCGCGCGGUCGCGGGCAGUGUACCAGAACUCCUACGGCCGCUUCAUAGCGUGGGUCGUCCUCAACAAGGCCCACCUCGUGGCCCCUGCGUUUGCAGCGAAGCUAGGGAGCGUUUCAGGGCAGCAGAUACGCAAGAAACUGAAGCCUCUGCUCGACCGCGAUCCGUCCCCCCCCCCGCUGCAGUUCGAGUACAUCCAGGUGGACGUGUUCGGGGCCUGGCUACUGACACUGUAG